AUGGAUUUGAUCCAAAGCUUCGAUGCAUUGCCCCGCAAUCUUCAAGAGUGUUUCUUGGACACUGGCUCGUCGUUUCGUAAAGACCAGAAGAUAAUUGCUUCCACAGUAAUUGACGUAUGGUUUGGAUUAUACGGUAUAGAGAAUAUCAUCUGCAUGCAUUACCUCCAAGACCUUGCCUCCCACAAACUCCUUGAACUUCUUCCUCUUGGGAAAAAUGAGUAUGAAGAUGGUUUCUUCAAUGAGUUCUUGGUUAAACAAGACAACAUCUUUAGAGAAUUUGCUAUAAAUCAAUGCGAAAAAGACUCUUUUUCGAUCUUCGAAAGGAAAAGAUUAAACUUGGAUAUACAAGAGAACAAUUUCCCAAACUGGUGUUUAAAUCCAAAACAGCCUAUUACAAUUAAUGCCUCUCUCUUGUCUAUCUCUACCGAUGAAUCAUUUACAUCAAAUUGGAUUGAAAUGGAUUGUCCAAAUGUUGAAGCUUUAGUUCUUAAUCUCGCUUCAUCAAACUAUGCAUUACCAAACUUCAUUACUACAAUGAAGAAACUAAAAGUUGUGAUGAUUAUAAAUCACGGUCCUGAUCCUGUAAAACUGACCAAUUUGUCGUGUCUCAGCUCGUUACCGAACCUAAGACGGAUCAGAAUCGAGAAAGCUUCGAUCAGUUUGCUUGACAUUCCAAAACUUCAGCUCAAUAGUCUUGAGAAGCUAUCUUUAUGGUUGUGUCACUUUGUUGAGGUUCUCAAUGACUUAGAAGUUGAUAAUGUUUCUGAAUCUUUUCAGAGUUUACAGGAAAUCGAAAUUGAUUAUUGUUAUAAUCUUUUCGAAUUACCGUAUUGGAUCUUUCAAGUUGUUUCACUAAAGAAACUUAGCAUUACAAAUUGUAAUAAGCUAUGUAGUCUCUCAGAAGUUAUAGGCAACUUGAAGAACCUUGAAAUGUUGAGACUGAGUUCUUGUAAUAGUCUCUUUGAACUUCCUGAAACGGUCCAGCGACUAAGCAAUCUACGAGUUCUCGAUGUUUCUGGAUGUUUUCAAUUGAAAAAGUUGCCUUUAGAGAUUGGAAAGUUGAAGAAACUGAAGAAGAUUUCGAUGAGAGAUUGUUAUCGAUGCGAGUUGCCAGAUUCAAUGAAGACUCUAGAGAAUCUGGAGGUGAAAUGCGACGAAGGGACUGUGUUCUUAUGGAAAAGAUUCAAACCAAAAAUGAAGAAUUUGAGAAUCACUGAAGAGGAAACAGAACAUAACCUCAACUUGCUUCAACUGUUCUAA